GCGCACACCUCUCUUCUGGCGGUUGAAUUUGAAUUUGCUGUUCGGUUGAAGGUGCUGGGCACUGCCGGAAGACGGAGUAGAGCGGCCUGGGCGGGUUUUCUAGUUGUUAACAACCAUGGCACCAACAAAGAAACGAACCAACAGGGGGCAAAAAAAUCGUUCAGUGAAGAAUGAGAAGCUGGCUUCAUUCAUCAAGGACUUUGAUAGUCAAGUUAAGACUAUAGUUGAGGAGUUAAAGGCCAGUGUCACGAGCAAUCUGAAAGAAGUGGACAGUCUGUACAAUAUUGAACUAAUUAAACUACCACUGGCUAUAAGAGAGAUGUGUUGGCUUGAUUUCUUUGCUAAAGGUGGAAGUGAGAGAGCUUUGGAGGCAGCUACUACAGUAAAUGUUGACAUGGAUGAAAUAACAUCAAGCGUUUCCCAAACACCCUUUAAAUCUUCCAAGAAAGCAAAAAAACACAAGAUGGAGUCAAUUCAAGAUGACCUGGAAAACACCGCAUUAAAAAGUGUAUUAAGAACAAAAUCAAAGGCAAAAGUAUCUGCAAAGAAGCCUGCCACUGCAAGAAAGACCAGAGCUUCUGCAGCAAAUGUGGCAAACACCAGUAAGAGAGCAAGUAAAAGAAGUCGUGCCACACCAUCUACCAACAGAAUGGCAGACAGCUCAAUAUUAGGAGUCACUCCAAAGGUCACACCCAAAUUUGAUACCAGAGUGUUUAAAACGCCAGGGCUUCGGCCAGAGAAUGCGCAAGAGCCUGUUUACAGUUUAUCUGCCAAUGGCAGCCCAUUAGCAUCUUUAAACAAGGUGUUCCUCAAUGUGCCCACACUGGAAGGAAAAAAUAUCCGUCUGAUGGCCGAUGAUGUGAACAAUGUAGACCUCAGUCGUUUGGACCCUCAAGCGUAUGAAAAUAUUAAGCUGCUCACGAGUCAGCUUGAAAAAAUCUGCAAGAAGCUAAAAUGAAUGUCUGAUUUUAUUUUCGUUAUUUUCUUAAAUACUGUUUUUGCUGUAUAAUUUUGUAAAAUAUUUUAUGUGCUAUGUAUUUUAUUCUUAGUGAUGUAAUAUGCCAGGUUUUAGAAUUAUGGUGUGACCUAUAUCCCUGAUCUGUUUCUGCUUUAGCUUGUUGUCUUUCACUAAUAAAGCACACAUUAUCAGCUUGGCUAAA